AUGGCCGAGUCAUUGGCUACGGCCCAAAGUCUUCAAGCUGUAAUAAAGAGAACUGGAUCACGGCCAAGCCUUUUGGAAUAUUUGCUCAAUGCGUACGUAUGGCUCCUCUUCGCGCUCGUCGGAAAGAUUCAGCUGACUGGACUAUUUUUUCAGGGUGCUACACUCAAGAACUUUUGUCUUCUUUCAGUCGAUGAGAUUGACCAGAUGGUGGAACGGUAG